CUAAAAAAUUUCAAUAAAAUUCUGUAAACGUGGAUCGCGUUUAUAUAUAUACAUAUAUAUGUGUCAAAGUUUAGUUUGUUUAUACUAUAACGUAGAGGAGAAUAGGUCAAUGUUAAUUAAAAUUAAAUAAUAUAGUAUUAACAAUAUGCGGUGCUACAAUAGAAAUUAUUUUUUAUGUUUAUUGUCCUUAUUAUUUGGAUUAAAGGGAAUUAUUUGUGUGUCUAAUAAUGAAGAAACUUGUUACUCCUACGCAGGUGGAUCAGUUUAUCCUGCGGGUGCAAAGCAUGCUGGACAUCAAUUACAAACAACAAAAGCAGUUAUUGGAAAACCAGCACCAUCAUGGGAAGGAACAGCAGUUGUUAAUGGAGAAUUUCACGAUAUCAAAUUGUCUGAUUUUCAUGGAAAGUAUCUCGUAUUUUUCUUCUAUCCCUUAGAUUUCACAUUUGUGUGUCCAACGGAAAUUUUGGCAUUUUCUGAUCGUGUUGAAGAAUUUAAGAAAUUAAAUGUACAAGUUGUGGCAGCCUCUGUUGAUUCACAUUUCACUCAUUUAGCGUGGAUUAAUACGCCACGUAAUGAAGGUGGUUUACAGAAUAUUAAAAUUCCGUUACUUAGCGAUCUUACACACAAAAUAGCCAAGGAUUAUGGAGUUUAUUUGGACGAUUUGGGACACACACUUCGAGCGUUGUUCAUAAUCGAUGGAAAAGGCGUUUUACGACAAAUAACAAUGAAUGAUCUUCCGGUUGGAAGAUCCGUUGAUGAGACGCUCAGAUUAGUUCAAGCAUUCCAGUAUACAGAUGAACAUGGAGAAGUAUGUCCUGCUGGUUGGAAACCUGGACAGGAUACUAUCAUUCCAAAUCCCAAGGAUAAAAUAAAGUUCUUCGCUAAACGUGAUCUCUAAAUAUAAAAUAAAUAGUAAAUAUUUUGUAUGAUAAUUAAAAAUUUCUGACUUUUGAAUAACAGCCAACCGGUGAAUAUUGUGUGAUUAUUAUAAUAAUGUUACAUUAUACAUAAUUUUUAUUCAGUGACAGUUGAUUCCGUUUUAUGAUACGAUUUUUUUUUUUACAAUCAAAUAUAAUUUUAUAAUUAUCUUUAAAUAAGUUGAGUGACAAUUUUUCAUACUUUGUAAAAAUAUAAAUAAAUAAAAAAAAGGAGUGUGAAUAUUUUUAAAAA